AUGACGCCCAAUGUCUCGUCGAUACCCGGCUACCAUGGUUUGUCGUCGGUCCAAUCCAGUUCAGUGGGCAGCAUUCCUGCGUUUAUCCCGCCGACGCCUGCGUCAGAUUCGAACAUCCCUGUUCCACAACUACAGAACAUAGUUUCGACCGUUAACCUCGGAUGCAAGUUGGACUUGAAGAAAAUUGCUUUGCAUGCCCGAAACGCCGAAUACAACCCAAAACGCUUUGCGGCGGUAAUCAUGCGGAUUCGAGACCCACGAACUACCGCUCUGAUCUUCAGUUCUGGGAAAAUGGUGUGCACUGGUGCCAAAUCCGAGGAUUUGUCGCGUCUGGCAGCCAGAAAAUACGCCAGGAUCGUUCAAAAGCUUGGAUUCGAUGCAAAGUUCAUGGAUUUUAAGGUAUUAUUUCCUCUGACUUAUCGAACAAACUUUGUUUAUCCGCUCUUGUUUUGUAGGGGCCCUCAGAUGAGUAUAGAUACCGGCUAAAU